AUGCAUUGUGACGCCAAUAGUAGUACUAUUCGCGUGUACAAUAAUGCCAAUAAACUUAUUUGUGUGGUUGUCCUGGCCGCGGUCGCCCUUGCCGAGAAAUCCAGGGAAAAGCGCGGCAUUUACGGCGAGCCCGGCGGUCUCCUCUCCCCGGCGCUCCACUCAGCUCCCCUGGCGCACUCGCACUCCCUCCCUGCCAGUCUACUAGCUCCCCACUCCCUCCAUGACCAUCUCCCACAUUACCAUGCCCCAGCUCUGACUUCCAGUCUCCACGCCCCUGUAUUAAGCUCUAGUGUCCACCAUGCCCCAGUUUUGAGCUCAAGCUACCACCAUACCCCAGUUCUAAGCUCCAGCUAUCAUCAUGCCCCAGUUCUAAGCUCCAGCUAUCAUCAUGCCCCAGUUCUCAGCUCCAGCCAUCACCAUCACGCCCCAUUAGCCAGCUACCAUGCCCCUGCUGUAAGCUCUUUCCACGCGCCAUUAGUCAGCUCGAGCCUUCACCACGCCCCUCUUGUAAGCCAUCAUGCUCCAGUCCUAAGCUCCAGCUAUCACCAUCACGCCCCGGUUCUGAGCUCUGUGCACCACCAUGAGCCCCUCCUGAGCUCGCAUUCCCACGUGCAUGUCGCCCCCGUCGUCCGCUACUCCGCACCUAGAUACGCCUCCGGCUGGUAA